UGUGAGGGAGUUUAAAUGUUCCUCCCUCUGAAACUCAGCUCAGACGGAGCUCCUGCAGCAGGAGGAGGAGGAGGAGGAGGAGGAGGAGGAGGAGGUGCAGCGAGGAGAGAAUGGGUUCAGGAUCUGGGAAAUAUGAACCUGGCGUGUCUGUUACAGAGGGUGCUUCUGGUGGCAUCUGUCAGGCAGAUCAUAUGCCACUCGCUGCCCUUCUCGACACCGGAGGAGCAGGUGGAGGGAAUUAAGAUAGGCUCUCUGAGUGGAGAAUACUCCCCUCCGUACCAGCUGCUGGGUGGAGGAUAUCUGAGAGUGGACGAGGAAACGGGGGACUUGUUCACCACCGAGAAGAAAAUUGACCGCGAGGCCUUGUGUCCAUCACAGGAGGAGGACAGGGACUGUACCAUCUCAGACGAUGCCCUGGUGGGUCCUGAUCAGGAGGUGGUGAAGAUCACUGUGGUUGUGGAGGAUAUUAAUGACAAUGCUCCUUAUUUUGAAACUGAUGAAAUUCACUUAAAAAUUCCUGAAGAUGCAGCCGUGGGGACAAGGCUCCUAUUGGACGACGAAGCUCGGGAUGACGACGUUGGCAGCAAUGGAGAGAUAAGCUACCAUUUAGAAGAAGCUGAAGGAGUUCUUCUAAGUUUCUUCAGCGUGGCUCUCGACAGAUCUGCUCUAGAACUGGUCGUAGAAAAGGAGUUGGACCGGGAAGCUCAAGACGAGCACCGCUUGCUUCUCGUCGCUGUGGACGGCGGCGUCUCUCCGUCACUCAGCUCUACGGUGUCUCUCAUCGUCUCAGUGCUGGAUGUUAACGAUCACUGCCCACAGUUCAGCUCUGAUCAUCCUCAGACAGCUACAGUGCCAGCAGGAGCAUCCCGAGGAACAGCAGUCUGCCAGGUUCAGGCCACAGACCGUGACCUCGGCCCCAACGCCCAGAUAAGCUACUCCUUCAACCCUCAAGUAUCUGAAAAGGCCAGAGCCCUCUUCCGCUUAGAUCGAGUCACAGGUGAAAUCAGCUUAGCUGUGGAUGUGAAGAAGCUACAAUCCUCAGAGGAACAUGUGCUGAAAGUUGUGGCAGAAAGCCCACACUGCCCUGCGGCACUUACGCAGGUAACCGUAUACCUGCAACCGGUGGCAAACCUGGAGCCCUCCAUCGAGAUCAAGUUUGUGGCAGAGUAUAAAAAUCAAACAAUAGUGCUACGAGAGAACGAGCCCCCGACUGUUUUGGCCCUUUUGGAGCUAAGAGACACCUCAAGCAUUCAAGCAGUUCUGUCCUUAGAGGCAGACAGCGUGCCAUUCACUCUGAAAGAGCAAGGAGGCAACUAUCUGCUUUCAACAUCAAAGCCGCUAGACUUUGAACUGUGCAGCGACUAUCGCGUUACUGUCGUUAUAAGCGAAGCCCAGGGCACACAAAUCCGUGGAAGGAAAGUGAUCAAAGUGGCGGUUGAAGAUGUGAACGAUAAUGCCCCACAGUUCCAGCAGCUUCACUAUCAGGCGGAGAUAGAGGAGAACAAUAAACCCGGCGUGUCUCUGAUACAAGUCAGGGCAACCGAUGCAGACAGCCGUCUCAACGGCGAAGUGUCGUACCGGCUGAUUCAGUCUCCUCACCUCUUUAAUAUUGAUGAAGCGACGGGCGUGCUGUCUGCAUCAAAGCCUUUGGACAGAGAGAGACAGAGUGCGUAUGUCCUCACGGUUCUUGCCAAGGAUCAGGGCUCCCCGUCUCUGGAGGCCUUGGUGUCCGUGUCCGUAAAUGUGCUGGACCUGAACGACAACCAGCCCACCUUCCUCAAUCCACACUUCGUCUUCUUCGUCUCUGAGAGCAUUCCACUUCUAGCUCAGGUGGGGAAGAUUGGAGUGAUGGAUGCUGAUGAUGGAGAGAACGGGAAAGUGGUAGACGUGAGAGUUCUGAACAAGAACGUCCCCUUCGCCGUGGACGUCUCUCAACUGUCACUUCGAUGCACUGCAGAAGUGGACCGGGAAAAGCAGGACCGCUAUGAGUUCCUUUUGCUGGCGACGGAUGGUGGCAGUCCUCCACGCUCCUCAACAACUUCGGUGACUGUUUUCGUGGAGGACGUCAACGACAACUGUCCCCAAGUCAUCCUGCCCAGCAGCAACCUGUCCUGUUUCACCGUGUCCCCCAGCACCAGCGCGGGAAGCACCAUCACGAAGAUCUACGCCGUUGACUCGGACUCGGGUAUGAACUCAGACAUCACCUACCAGAUCGUAGGCAGGCAGCCGGCCUGGCCGAGGCUGUUCGAGAUCGACCGCCGUUCAGGGAACAUCACGCUGGUGGGGCGACUGGCGGGGAGCGAUGAGGGAAUGCACCACCUCUUCAUCGUAGUGAGCGAUGGAGGUAAACCAGCUCCUCUCAACACCACAGUAUGGAUCAACCUGCUGGUCAAUGAGACGCUGGAGCAGUGCCACAUCACCAACAUUCCUCAGUACCUGUCCCAAACCUCAGAAGCACCAGUGCAGCCGCCUCAAGAACCCGUCAACGAGCCGGUGCAGCAGUGCACGGAGCCGCCGUGGUUCAUCCUGCUCUGUGGUCUGGGGAUGAUGGUGUUCUCCGUAUGCAUGUUUCUGGCCGCCACUGCAAUCUGCCUACGACAAAAACAGCUGAUGCAGCAAAGAACAAACAGUAGAGAAAACCAUGAACUCAAGCUGUUAAGACUACAGAAAUAAACUUUCUUAAAAAACUGUAUCAUAUCAAGGAUGUGCUGAACGUUCUGCAUGUUUAAUAUGUUAUAUAGAUAGUAAGGUAAAAAAAAAAGGGAGUGACACAAGUUUGUAUCUUGUGAAACUGCAUUGUACUAUGUAUCUACUAUGUAUCUGGGCUCUGGAAAAAAAUGAAGGUCGCACUUCAGUUUCUGAAUCAGUUUCUCUAAUUUUGCUAUUUAUAGGUUUAUGUUUGAGUAAAAUGAACAUUGUUGUUUUAUUCUAUAAACUACAGACAACAUUUCUCCCAAAUUCAAUAUAAAAAGAGGCAGCUUGGUUUGAUGGUUUGUGAUCAUCCAUCUUCCUCUUGAUUAUAUUCCAGAGGUUUUCAAUUUGGUAAAAUCAAAGAAACUCAUCAUUUUUAAGUGCUCUCUUUUUUUUCCAGAGCUGUAUUUGUAGAAAUCAGUACUUGCAUCACAUCAAUUAUAAUUUUUAUGUUUUAUUUCAUUUUGUUUUUACCAGCAAAACACUAGUGUUACAUUUCAUAAAAGCUAUGAAAAACUGAUUGUAAUUAUUUUUUAAUAAAAAUGACAAAAGAAAAAAGAGUAUCAUGGUUUUCCACAGAUAAUGCAGUUACUCUACUCUACUCUAGUGUUUACAGAAUGUAUAAUUGGUCGAAAUUAGUUAUUUGUAUGAAAUAUUCUCAGUGUAAAUAUAUUCAGAAGCUCUGCUGCUGUUUAAACAAGGCAGGAGGAAUGUGUGAAAAUAGACUGUUGGCGGAGUGUAAGAUAGCGAUGAGCAUCACGACAACACUUUGCUCAGGGUGAAAGAUAGGGCCCUAUGUUUGUAUUUAUUUGUGUUAUUUA